GCCCCUCAUAGGAAGCAGCAGGCAGGAGUGUGUCAGUGAGGACCGGUCAUCAUGAGGAGCUGCUGCCUGGUCUGGACGCUGCUGCUCAGCAUCGCUGCUGCUGCAGUGUUCGUGGAGAAACGUGAAGCCAACGCGCUGCUGCCGAGGAGCCGUCGAGCAAACAGCGGCUUCCUGGAGGAGCUGAAACAAGGAAACCUGGAGAGAGAGUGUGUCGAAGAAAUCUGUGACUACGAAGAGGCUCGAGAGGUGUUCGAGGACGAAGACCAGACGAAAAAGUUCUGGCUGACGUACAACCGUCGUGACCCGUGCCUGGAGAACCCGUGUCAGAACAACGGAUCAUGUGUUUACAUGGGAAGCAGCUAUGAGUGUUUUUGUCCGGAGGGAUUUGAAGGACGAUACUGUCAGACAGUGUUUGAAGACUCAUUAAAGUGUCUUUACCUGAACGGACGCUGUCAACACUUCUGCGACGGCUCGGGACAGAGACGUCGAUGCUCCUGCGCUGACGGAUUCCAGCUGGCGGACGAUGGACGACAGUGCAUCGCUCAAGCCGAGUUUCCGUGUGGUCGGCUGGCGCCUCAGGAAACGGGCCUGAACCAGAGCCUCGUGGGUCAGACCCGACUGGUGGGAUCCAACCAGUGUCCCACAGGAGCGUGUCCCUGGCAGGUUCUGGUUCAGUUGAACCUGACCAGUCACUGCGGGGGGGUUCUGAUUCGUCCCGACUGGGUCCUCACUGCCGCCCACUGUGUCCAAGGACACAACACACAACACUUUGUUGUGGUCGCAGGAGAAAACGACCUGGACGUGGAGGAGGGGACAGAGGACCGGGCUCCUGUCGCCAUGGCCCUCGUCCAUCCAGGUUAUGACUCAGCGACCGGCGACAGCGACGUGGCUCUGCUGCGGCUGAGCCGCCGCGUCACCGUGAACCGCCACGCCAUCCCCGUGUGCCUGCCCGACAAAGACCUGGCAGAGCGGGAGCUGCUGCGGGUUCGAUACCACACGGUGACGGGCUGGGGUAAGAGAACCAGCGGGGGCAACGCCGAGUCCACCGGUGCGCCGCCCGGCGCUCCGCUCUCCCCCCACCUCCGCAGGAUGACCGUCCCCAUCCUCCAGAACUCGCAGUGCUCCUCCACAGCUCGGUUCAACUUCACCGGCACCAUGCUGUGCGCCGGCUACCUGGACGGGCGGCAGGCCAGCUGCCGCGGGGACGACGGCAGCCCGCUGGUCACAGAGUACGGCUCCACCCACUUCCUGACGGGGGUGGUGGGUUGGGGGCGGGGCUGUUCACAGCCUGGUUAUUAUGGGGUAUACGCCAACAUGGCCCACUUUGUGGACUGGGUGGAGCAAACCAUAAAAGCCCCGCCCACCAGCGUGACAGCCAGCGAGAAGCCAGUGGAGGAAAGUGCGCCCCCUACUGACAUGUUGGAGCAGAAAACCACUCUGUUACCUCCGCUCGCCACACUGAGGAUUUUCCAGCUCGCCAUCGCCACCUUCCUCCAGGGCCAUGUUGUGGUUUCACCGGCUGACCCUGGGCCUCCUGCUGCUCCACCUGGCCGCCGCUCAAGAAACUUGAACAAACAUCAGAGAGAGAAGAACGACUUGAAAGACAGAAACAUCGUCUACUUUCUUCCAUCAGCUAACAUGGAGGAGGUACAUGACAUAUACUUCUUCCUGAACAACCAGGCGGCCAAUCAGGUUCUGACCCGGCGGAGACGAGCCAACAGCUUCUUGGAGGAGUUCAAACAAGGCAACAUGGAGAGGGAGUGCGUGGAGGAGCGCUGCGAAUGGGAGGAGGCGCGAGAAAUCUUUGAAAACAAAGAGAAAACGAAUGAAUUCUGGGCCAAGUACGUUGAUGGCGACGCGUGCGAGUCCUUGCCCUGCGCUCAUGGCGGACAUUGCAAAGACGCAGUCGGCAGUUACAGCUGCUUCUGUCCGGCCGGGUACCAGGGCUUCAACUGUGAGAUCGUGAUUCCUGAACUCUGCGAGUCCACAAAUGGCGGCUGCGAACAUUACUGCAAAGUGGUCCGAGGAAGUGUUCAGUGCUCCUGUACCGUCGGAUACUUCCUGGCAUCAGACGAUAAAUCCUGCCACUCCAACCAGACCUUUAAGUGUGGAGCCGUCAUCAGCGCAGACACCAGAACGGUCUUCAGGUACGUGCGACAGAACGUAACAACAGAGAACCCGACCGAGUGGAACACGACCGACCGGGACACCGACUCCGUCAAGCAGAAGAUAGACUCCCCCCCUUCUGGAAACAGCACCGACGACCAAAUUAUGCCAGAAAACGCAGUUUUCGAGGAACCGGUCAAUGCUGUAAUGGCAACUAUGACCCGUAUCGUCAACGGAGAGGACUGUCCACCAGGAGAAUGUCCGUGGCAGGCUCUUCUCCUGAACGAUGAUGACGUCGGGUUCUGUGGUGGGACGAUUCUCAACGAGUACAUCAUCAUGACUGCGGCCCACUGCAUGAACCAAUCACGCUUCAUCUACGUCAAGCUUGGUGAGUUUGACACGUUGGUGGAUGACGGUAACGAGGCUACGCACCAAGUGGAAACUAUCAUCACCCACUUUAAAUACAAACCAGAUACGUACAACAACGACAUCGCUCUCAUCAAAUUAACCAAACCCAUCAAGUUCUCCAGGUUCAUCCUGCCGGCCUGUUUACCCGAGCAGGAGUUCGCUGAGAAGGUCCUGAUGCGGCAGCCUGACGGCAUGGUCAGUGGUUUUGGACGCACUGGCGAGCGCGGGCCUGCGUCCACCAUCUUGCAGCGCCUCUCGUUACCCUUCGUCGAUCGGUUCACCUGCAUCGAAUCCACCCGAUUCCGCAUCUCCACCCGCAUGUUCUGCGCCGGAUACCACACGACUGCCAAGGACUCGUGUCAAGGCGACAGUGGCGGGCCGCACGUCACCAAGUACCUCAACACCUACUUUGUCACCGGCAUCGUGAGCUGGGGUGAAGGCUGUGCACGCAAAGGGAAAUACGGCAUCUACACGCAGGUGUCCAAGUACAUCCGCUGGAUCCGUGAGGGAAUCGAUGAGCUGAUGCCAAAGGAGCCGAGUGGCGGCAGAGUGAAGAGGCAGCGCGGCGCCAUCAAGAGGCUGCGUCUGUAAGAAGAUCACGAUCCACAGGUUUCUGAUUCUUCAUCCAACAUCUCAGUGAACUCCACAGAGCAGAGGUCAGCGUCUCGUCGUUCCUCAUGUUGUCGUCCAUUUUACAUUUAAGACGUCUCAACAGUCGGUUAGAGUUCCAAGAAAAAAACUUUUCAUCAUUACCGAAAAAUUCUAAAGCUUUCACAAAUGUUUGUGUCCACCUGGGGGCAGCAGAACGAAAUGUAGUAGCUCAAAUGGCAUAUUAUCCGUUUCUGACAUGUUUCUAGAGCUAGCAGUCAUGUGACAGUAUCUGUAAUCCGUAGUGGCGUUCCUCAGGGUUCUGUUAUUGGUCUUUUGUAUUUUCUGUUGAAGAAGCAAUGACUGAUUUGUCCACUUUAUUAUUUAAAUGUGUCCGAGCGGAAAGAAAUGAGAAUAAAAAUAAAACGUCUGUUUUCAUGUGUUUUUAUCCAGAAAUGAAUCAGAAGCAAAUAAAGAAAAAUUAUAUCAAGUUUCUGUUUGAUUUUAAAUGAAUCUGAAGAUGUGUUAAUCAAACAUUGUGUGAAUUUGAAGACAUUUGUACUUUUAACUACUCUUUUAUUUCUUUAUUAAAUUCUCCAUGAUAUAACAAUUA